AUGAACACUGGCCAGCCUCGACGCCUCUCGAAGUCCGUCGUUGACGAGCUCUCCAAGACAUUCGGACCACAAAAGCAAGUCAUACCCUCGGGCUUCCUCUCGAGCAAGCUCUACAAGGAUGUCCUCGCCGCGCUGGACGUUGCCCGUAUACCCGCUGCUGUGCCUUUGGAUCGCGCUGAGUGGCUGAAUGUCCUGAACGCCUGGGACGGUAUCAUCUGCAUCGUCGGCCUACUUGGCGACCUCGGCCGUCCAACGCCGGCCUUCGUCUACAACAAGAUCGCGGCGAGUGCAAUCCCGCGCGUCUGGAAGUGGCUUCAGUGGCUGCACCCGCAUGCCCACAAUUGCGACGAAGAGGCGUGCGACGCGGCCAUCGAAGCAUAUGGGUGGGACUUUCCGCAUGGGGAGGAAGGAUGGCUUCUGAAAGCUGUCUCUGCGGCGCUCAUUACAAUCGACAAUAGCUCUCAAGGCAGAAUCGUCGAUGUAACCGACUUGGCCACGUACAUUUUCGACAUGUGGAGGAUUCGGAAUCGAGACCUAGGCGCUCAUGAGCCGGCAGACGAGCGCACCGGUCUUCUGUUGGACACGCUCACUAGAGUCACCGACACAAUCCAAAGGGAUGCGCUUGCCAUGACGAGGGUCAUCGGCUAUGGAAAGGAUCCGCUUCGGACUAUCCUGCGCCGCAUGCGCGCUGUGGUCGACAUGCCCCUGCUCAACUUCCGGGAGGUCUACGCGCUUGUCGAGCUCGCGAUCUGUGUGGCGUCCAUAGAGUCCACACAAUACGUUCUUCGACCCCUGCUCUGGCUUAUCGCUCCUUUGAUGCGGCUCGCCGACAAGCCUGAGUCGGUCAGCUUUGCGGCGAUGAUCGACAGACAGGACCCUGGAAUGGGGCCUCAUUUGCGGCACUAUGUUGACAAUUGCUUCCAUUUGCUUAAGCUUCUGCGGCCCCAGCUGCGCUGCACUCGCGACGUGAUCCGUUUGGUCGAGAGCGGCAUACUCCAGGCAUUCUUCGAUCAUCUUCAACGUUAUUCGGAUGCGUGCGGCGCACAUUGUAUCGUUGGGCACGCACUCAGGGCCGUCAUGGUCCCGAUGUUCAUCUUCCCUUCCGUGGCGAAUGCAGUGUCCAAGGUCAUCAGCCGCCAUAGCUUGGGCCCGCCUGCGGAGAAUUCCAACAAAAAGGCAUAUUGUCGGGCGCUCUGGACUGGCUUCCACUUGGCAUCGAACGAGAUUAAGCACGACAGAGAGAAGUUCAAGGCCACGACAAGCGCAAUUCAAUAUUGUCACAACGUCUCGUGUGGGAAUCGCGACUCCGGCGCUAAGCUGAAGCGGUGCGCUUGCGGCUAUGCUUAUUAUUGCUGCAAAACAUGUCAAGUCGCGGACUGGUCACGACACAAGGCCGCUUGUCGACCUGUAGCUUGCGCGAGCGAGUCUCAAGAUUUUGACAUCGACCACUUCGCCGAUAUCUACUUCAUCCGCUAUCGGGCCAAUAAGAUCCUGGCCAGCUUGGAUGUAACCAAAUCCGGCGACGAUGGUCAAUCACUCCUUGUUGACUUCAGCGAGGGAAGUUCGACAACUGUGCAUUACGUUCCAGGGAGCCCGAACUGUUGUUAUGCUAUGGUCGGGCAUGCCAGUGAGCCGGCAGUGUUGACCAUUUUAGAGUUUCCAAACCCGGUACAAUAGAGUAGUACUUCAG